GAGUGACCUUGGCUACCCAUCAUCCGCUUUAUUCAAUCCCUCCUGAUCAGUGUUCAUGCAACUCCACUUCAUCAUGCGAGCGCGCACUGUCUUGAUCAACACUGCCAUCGUUAUCCCCCUCCUCCUCGCCACCUACUACACCAGACGCCAGUACGUCUUCCAACGCGCACUCUCGCACCUCCAGAUCUCCUUUUCCGACUUCCCACCAUCCUACACAAGCGCCCUAAACGUAUCGCGGACAAAUGGCGAAGCACUCCUAAACUUCGAUUACAACACGUCCUUGCCUACCCCUUCCAUCCCACGCACCAUCCACUUCAUCUACUUCGCAGACCUCUAUCAUCACCGCAACGGCACCCCCUCCCUUCCAAGCACAUCGCGCUCGCAUGCCCCAGAGCUCUGUCGAAAGUUCAACCCUACCUACGAUAUCCGCAUCUGGAACGCUACAGCUGCGCAUAAGUUCAUCGAGACAGAAUACCCCUGGUUCCUGCCCACAUACGAUGGUUACACAUAUCCGAUCCAGUGCGUCGACGCGCUGAAGUAUUUCGCGCUGUACCAUUUUGGCGGUGUGUAUAUGGACCUCGAUAUCGCGUGUCGAAGGCCGUUGGAUCCGUUGUUGCAGUUUUCGGCGUGGUGGCCGGAGGCGAGCCCGCUGGGGGUGAACAAUGAUUUGAUGGCGAGUGCACCUAGGCAUCCGAUACUGCUGGAGAUGACAACUAUGCUGGUGGGAAGGAACUGGAAUUUGGUGUUUCCGUACCUUACUAUCUUUUGGAGCACAGGGCCGCAGUUCAGCAGUGAUAUGCUGAAGACGUGGUGGUGGAGGCAUAGUAAGAGAAUUGGAAGUGAUCAUGAUACUGCGAGCUUUCGAAUACUUCCACGAAUCUUCUACUCGGAAGAGUAUACAUUCUUCGGGCACAGUCCCGGAGGGACAUGGCACGGCAGUGAUGUGGCUGUCGUAUUGUGGUUAGUCGAUAGACCCUGGGUACUGUUUUGUAUGUUUGGCACUUGUCUGGUGCUUACAUUGGGACUUAAGAGAGGGUUGAGACUCAGGAAGGCUACGUGUAAACAAGAUGGCAUACUCCAUGCGGAGUAAGAACAGUGCUUAAUGGAUAACUGUUACCCUUACCAGCUUUCUUGGCAGUUGCAGUGGGAUGUAUGUGUGCUCGAAUAUCCGGUUUCGGCUAUAUCUCCGAUCGUGACCACAAUAUUGGAUAAUUGUAUGAGACUAAUUG